CACACCAUGAAUAGAUACACAACUAUCAAGCAGCUUGGGGAUGGGACCUACGGUUCUGUCCUGCUGGGAAGAAGCAUUGAGUCUGGAGAACUGAUCGCCAUUAAAAAAAUGAAAAGAAAGUUUUACUCCUGGGAAGAAUGCAUGAACCUUCGGGAGGUUAAGUCUUUGAAGAAGCUCAAUCAUGCCAAUAUAGUAAAGUUGAAAGAAGUCAUCAGGGAAAACGAUCAUCUCUAUUUUAUCUUUGAGUACAUGAAGGAAAACCUUUACCAGCUCAUUAAAGAAAGAAAUAAGUUGUUUCCAGAGUCUGCUAUAAGGAAUAUAAUGUAUCAGAUAUUGCAAGGACUGGCAUUCAUUCAUAAACACGGCUUCUUCCACCGCGACUUAAAGCCCGAGAACCUCCUCUGCAUGGGACCAGAGCUUGUGAAAAUUGCAGACUUUGGAUUGGCCCGAGAAAUCCGAUCAAGACCUCCGUACACAGACUAUGUGUCUACUAGAUGGUACAGGGCUCCAGAAGUACUCCUGAGGUCUACCAACUACAGCUCCCCCAUUGAUGUCUGGGCAGUUGGCUGCAUCAUGGCAGAGGUGUACACCCUCCGGCCUCUUUUCCCUGGGGCCAGCGAAAUUGACACGAUUUUCAAAAUUUGCCAAGUGUUGGGAACACCGAAGAAGACUGACUGGCCUGAAGGCUACCAGCUGUCAAGUGCCAUGAAUUUCCUCUGGCCCCAAUGUAUACCCAAUAACUUAAAGACGCUAAUUCCAAAUGCUAGCAGUGAAGCCAUUCAGCUCCUGAGAGACAUGCUCCAGUGGGAUCCCAAGAAACGACCGACUGCUAGUCAGGCCCUUCGAUAUCCUUACUUCCAGAUUGGACACCCACUGGGCAGCAUCACACAGGAUUCAGGAAAACCUCAGAAAGAUGUCCAAGACAAGACAGCCCCACCUCCUUACAUCAAGCCGGCCCCUCCUGCCCAGCCCCCAACCAAGGCGCAUACACUGAUUUCUUCUCGACCAAACCAAGCCAGUCAGCCCCCUCAGCAUUUCGUGUACCCCUACAAAGGUGAAGCCUCCAGGGCAGAUCAGCUCAGCCAUCUUCAGGAGGGCAAGCCAAGCCCAACGCUCUUCCCUUCCCUCCACAAUAAGAACCUGCAGCCAACACAGAAAAUCCUCGCUGGCCUGGAACACAAAAAUGGUGAAAUCAAGCCAAAGAGCCGGAGAAGAUGGGGUCUUAUCUCCAGGUCAGCGAAGGGUUCUGAUGAUUGGGCCGACUUGGACGACUUAGAUUUCAGUCCCACUCUCUCCAGGAUCGAUGUGAAAAACAAGAAGAGGCAGAGUGACGACCCCCUCUGCAGGUUCGAAAGUGUUUUGGACCUGAAGCCAUCGGAGCCAGUGGGUACAGGAACUAGCGUCUCGACCCAGGCUUCCUCCCAGAGGAGAGACACGCCGACCCAGCGGUCUGCAGCCAAGCAGAUCUACUUGAAGCACUCUCGAUACUUGCCUGGAAUAAAUAUAAGAAAUGGCGUGCUCCCAAAUCCAGGCAAGGACUUCCCUCCAUCAAAUCCAUGGUCCAGUUCUGGUUUGUCUGGAAAAUCUUCAGGAACAGUAUCAGUAGUGAGCAAAAUAACUUCAGUUGGCUCAGGCUCUACGAGUUCCAGCGGACUGACUGGAGGUUACAUCCCUUCCUUCCUGAAGAAAGAAAUCGGUUCUGUUAUGCAGAGGGUACACCUGGCGCCUCUCACCGACCCCUCCCCUGGCUAUUCUUCCCUGAAGGCCAUGAGACCUCACCCGGGGAGGCCUUUCUUUCACACCCAGCCUAGGAGCACUCCUGGGUUGAUUCCACGACCUCCAGCCGCCCAGCCUGUGCACGGCAGGAUAGACUGGUCUUCCAAGUACCCAGCCCGUCGGUGACUGUGUCAGCCAUGAGGCCAGCCUCCCUCCGCUGACUUCGUUGCACCUGCAGAAACCACAUGAUGGUGUAAAACACCCAAGCUUACAGCUGUUCGGAACUAACACAUUUCAAUAUUUCUUUUAAAAGUUUUUUUUUGAUAUUGAUUUGAAUGCAAUACCCUCUUUUUGUAUAAAAUUAUUUUAUUCUAAAACUGGGUCUCAUUAUUUUCUUAAACAACAGCAUUUUGUAUAUAUGGAUUAUGUUUUAGCAUUUUAUACAGUCAACUUUGUAAUGAACUUUUUAAAGAUUAAGUAAUUUUUGUUUGUUGUUCCACAUAAUAUUUUAUACAGAUUUUGAAAUAUAUAGUAAUAUUGAUGCAGUAUUGUGACAGGGUACAGUUUAAUGCUGUGCCGUAAGGGAUUAUGUACUCAAUAUAUUCGGAUAUCGUGAAGAGGCUGCAUUUAAAUGUGGCUCAUUUGGUACUUUAGGCUUUCUUGGACUGAUCUGAGGAAAGCGUCCCAUCCACUGCUUUUCUUAACAGCUUUUAUCGGUUGUUCUGGGGGCAGAAGUUGUUUUGUUGUUGUUGUUGUUGUUGUUUUGAAACAGGGUCUUAUGUAGCCCAGGCUGGCCUACCACUCACCAAGUAGCUGAGGAUAGCAUUGAACUUCUGAUCUUCCUGCCUCUGGCUUCCUGAGUGCUGCCAUGCUUGGUUUUAACCCAGGGCUAUUAUUACAUGCCUAACAGCCCUCAUCUACCAUCCUUUACUGUUCUGUUAGAAACCGUCACUUUAUCUGAACUUGUUUCACUUUAUUUUUGCCCCCAGAACAAAGAAUUUUUUGAAAUUUUAUAACGCUCAUAAAUACAGUUGCAAACAAUAUCCAGAUAAAAAACAAGCAUAAUCAUACUAAACUAUCACAUUUCUACCUUUUCUUU